AUGCUGCGGCUCUGUCUUGUUGUCCUCGGCCUCAGUGCCUGCUCUCCUUGUACUGCAGCCCCGCCACAGGACCCUGAGCUGUGGUCAGUAUUCACAGGGUCCACCAGAAACAAGCUGCUGCUCGUCUCCUUCGAUGGCUUCCGCUGGGACUAUGACAGAGAUGUUGAAACCCCUCACCUGGAUAAGAUGGCCCAGGAUGGAGUGAAGGCAGCCUAUGUUACUCCACCUUUCCUCACCAUUACCAGCCCUGCUCACUUCACACUGCUGACAGGACGUUAUGUUGAGAAUCAUGGAGUAAUCCACAACAUCUGGUUCAACACUACCACUCAGGAGAAGAAGCAGUACUACAUGACUCAGUUUGUUGAUUCCUAUUGGGACAAUGGCAGCUUACCCAUCUGGAUAACAGCACAAAGACAGGGUCUAAAAGCAGGCUCUCUGCAUUUCCCUGGCACAGCAGCCACCUACAAAGAAGAGACUGUGAAGGUUAGGCAAGUGGAACCUCGUUUCUAUGAUCAUUCUAAUGAGACAGAAUGGAGGCUGAACAUUGAUAAGGUCAUUGGGGAGUGGUUCCACCAACAGGACCUAGACUUUGUGUCCUUGUAUUUCGGAGAACCAGAUUUGGCUGGUCAUGAAUUUGGACCAGAUUCCCCAGAACGCUGUGCAAUGGUUCAGCAAGUGGACCGUACUGUGGGCUACAUCCGGGACAAGAUCCAAGACCAUGGCCUUACUGACCGGCUCAACAUUAUCAUCACUGCCGACCACGGGAUGACUAGAAUUCUACGGGAUGGACUAGUUGAGGAGAUCAUCCUCUCUAAGAUUCCUGGCUUCAGCUUCAAAGAUAUCCAGUUCCAACUGUUGGAUUAUGGUCCUGCUGGCAUGCUGCUUCCGAAAGAAGGGAAACUGGAGAAGGUCUACCAGGCUCUGAAAGGAAGCCACCCUCAUCUUCAUGUGUAUAAAAAGGAGGAGCUGCCAACUAGACUGCACUACAGUAACCAUCCUCGACUCCUGCCCAUCAUCCUCAUUGCUGACCCUGGAUACAUUGUCAAUGGGUUCCAGAGAAGAAUUAUUACAAGGAGGUGGUGAUUGGCCUGUCAGCAGUGAAUGGGGUUCUCGGGCUUGUUUUCAUCAUUACCACAUCCUACAACAUGUGGAAAAGAACCAGAGCAUGAGGAACUUUGACAUUUAUCUAAAAAAAUAUUGAGAAAAGGAAGUAAGAACAAAAAAGGAGAAAAGUUAAGUAAAAUAACUUGUCUGAUUCUUUUGCAUUUCCUACUCAUUGUACAAGAGUGUGCUUCCUGUAGGUGAAGGAUAAGACAUUCUUUAUUUAUGAGUUUAUGUGUUUAAAUGAUGGAGAAUUCAGCCACUCAGGGCUUUUUCAUAACCAAACAUGUAUCAAACAGUAAGAUACAUUUGUUUAUGUAAAACAAUCUGGUAAACUCAAACCAGCUGAUAAUUGUUCAUUCAUAUUUGCUGUAGCUCAUGCAGAUUUUGUUUUAGAACAAUACCCACAAAUAAUUAUCCAUGUAUUCUACACUGCAAAUACAUGCAACUAACUGAGGGGGGAAGGGGGGACAUUGUGAUUUACUUGGUUCACAUUGAGGUUUUUAGCUGGACACUGUUUAAGUGUCAAGCAGCUUCCAUUACUCAAGAUGAAAAAUGAGGCCCCCCGACAGGGUGCCAGGUGGCCCCUCAACCAUUUUCUAAUUCACUGAAAUGAAAGUGAUUCACACAAGGAAUGUUUUUUGAGCUUUUAAUAUACAGUAAGCUGCUGUUACACAGCCGCGUGGCAGCCAC